UCACGUGACCUGCUGGCUGGCCCCGCCUUCAAUGGAAGCUGAUAGCCUCCUCCUCUCCGCCGCUGCGAUUUCACCGUCCGGGAAAGACGACAACAUGACACAAGCGGACAUUUUCCGACCUUCCUCCGCCUAAAGAAGAGGACAUAACACCCGGGUCGAGAGACGAGACGGACUCGGCUUCUGCGAGCGCGCCACCUGUGACUUCGGGGGAGACCACGCAGACAUGAUGUCCUCCAGUGAUGACGUUCGAGGGGAAGGAUCUUUGUUUCCUGAUCAGAACCCGUCCGAACUGGAUGCUCUGUGUCCCUCCCCUCCAGGACCGUCCAGACCACAGCGAGACUACGAGAGGAUUGGAACACGGACCGGAACCUCCUUUGGUCAGACUCUGAUCCACCUGCUGAAGGGGAACAUCGGCACAGGUCUGCUGGGGCUGCCCUUGGCUGUGAAGAAUGCAGGACUUGUGCUGGGUCCUGUCAGCCUGCUGUGCAUGGGUGUCAUCGCGGUGCACUGCAUGAGGGUGCUGGUGGACUGCUCCCACCACCUCAGUGCCAAGAUGAACCGACAAUCUCUGAGCUACGGGGAGGCGGUCCAGCACGGCAUGGACAACGUGUCUUGGCUCAGGAGACACUCGCACUGGGGAAAACGGACCGUCAACUUGUUCCUCAUCAUCACCCAGCUGGGCUUCUGCUGCGUCUACUUUGUCUUCCUGAGUGACAACGUCAAGCAGGUGGUGGAAGCAGCCAACGCCACCACCUUCAGCUGCCAGGUCAACAACACCAACCAGACCCAGGUCCUGGUCUCCAGCUUCGACUCCCGCCUCUACAUGCUGUGUUUCCUGCCCGCCUUCAUCCUGCUGGUCUUCACCCCCAACCUGAAGUACCUGGCGCCCCUCUCGCUCAUCGCCAACCUGGUCAUGGCUGCCAGUCUGGUCCUCAUCUACUUCUACUCCAUCAUGCACAUCAAAUACCCCAUCAACCUGCCAAGUGUGGGCCGGGCCAAAGACUACCCGCUCUUCUUCGGGACGGCCAUCUUCUCCUUUGAAGGGAUCGGAGUGGUUCUGCCCUUGGAGAACAAGAUGCACCGGCCUCAGAGCUUCCCCCUGGUUCUUUACCUGGGAAUGGGCAUCGUCACCUUCCUCUACAUCAGCCUGGGCACCGUCGGCUAUUUGUGCUUCGGCGCGGACAUCGGCGGCAGUAUCACCCUCAACCUGCCCAACUGCUGGACCUACCAGGGCGUCAAGCUCCUCUACUGCUUUGGCAUCUUCAUCACCUUCGCCCUGCAGUUCUACGUUCCUGCGGAGAUCCUCAUCCCGCCGAUGGUGGCUCGGGUGUCCGAGAGGUGGCAGACGGCCCUGGACCUGCUGCUCCGCACAGUCCUGGUCCUCUUCACGUGCGCUCUGGCCAUCCUGGUCCCGGAACUGGACCUGGUGAUCUCGCUGGUGGGCUCGGUCAGCAGCAGCUUCCUGGCGCUCAUCUUCCCGCCCAUCCUGCAGAUCCUGACCAUGCACAGCGAGGGCCUGUCUCCGCCGGUGAUCGCCAAGAACCUGGUCAUCAGCCUGCUGGGCCUGGUGGGCUUCCUGGCGGGGACCUACGUUGCCGUGGAGCAGAUCGUCGCCCGCAACGCCCUCAAGCGUGACGAGACGCUGGCCGCCUUCGCGCUCCAAUGACGGCGCGUCGUGCCCGGCAGGACCAACUAGCUUUUUCCGAACCGUUGUUUUUAGUCACGGGCGUGGCCAUCGUGUCUGUUGUCAUACACUGCUCAGUCCUUCAGGUAGGUGCUCGCUCCCCUUUGACUGCGGCGUCAAACUACCUCAACAAUCUUACUGACGACACGUUAACCUACCGCCCGAACCUCCUACCAGUUCCCCCACCCCCGAUGCACUUUGAUGGAAUGCCUUACGCAGUGAAACCUUCUUUCUGGCCGGCUCUGUAGGAGUCGACCAGAAAGGUCUUUGGCUGUGUCUAAUUUUGCACACUUUCCACUUAGUCCCUCCAGGGCUUUCGUGUGUUCACACCAGGAAGUAUAUCUUGGCUACGUAGCGACCGAGCUAACUAGACUGGUUAAAAGUAAAUUAUUGCCAUCAUUAUUCCCAGUACCAACUAUAAGUCGCUACCUUCCCCCUACACUUUGAACCCUGCGGCUUAUAAAACGGUUUGGCAAAUUUAUGGAUUUUUCUUUACUGACCGUUUUAAAAAGACAAGCUUUGAACCGGAAGUGCAAGUGCCAUUCCUUCGUCUAAACGUCCAUAGCGAAACUACUUGGUGAACCCUGCGGCUUAUAAAACGGUUUGGCAAAUUUAUGGAUUUUUCUUUACUGACCGUUUUAAAAAGACAAGCUUUGAACCGGAAGUGCAAGUGCCAUUCCUUCGUCUAGUCGUCCAUAGCGAAACUACUUGGAGGUAUUCUGCAUUCAUCACUAACGAGGCUAAUUAAUAGCAGCAUAUGAAGUUCCUAAAAGUCCACAAAUUAGGCACAGCAUUAUGUAAAGCCCGGACCCGAAAUUGAGGUCGAUGCAUUUGUACAAAAUAAAAACUUGUGAUGGUUAGCAUUUUUGAUUGCAUAGUUUACCCUGCAAACAAACAAGAUUCAAAAUACCGUAAAUUCCACUUUUUUCCUACGCUUUGAACCCUGCGGCUUAUAAAACGGAGCGGCUAACUUAUGAAUUUUUCUUUAUAAAAAAACACGAGCAAAUACACUAAAGAGGUGUGUCAUUGUUUUUGGAAUGGCGCCAUCUUUUGGAUGAGUUUGCUCACUGCAGAACCCUUUUUUUUCGAGGCUUAAAAUGAAAGUGGAAGUGCCGUUCCGUCUUCCAGCCGUCCACGUAUGGAUAUCUUCAUUAAUCACCCCAAGCAACAAUUGUACGUUUUACAAUAUAACUAAAACAAUUCUUACAUGCUAAAGCGUCCCGUGUGUGACGUCUGUCGGAGUGUUUCCAGGCUUAUUUCUAUGUGCUAUCACAAUGCGAUCAAGCUAGCGUCAUUCGCAUUAGCUAACAUGCUAAUGAGUGUCAGUGUUAGUAACUUACAGCGGCAUUCUUUUUUGUAUUGAUUCACUUUCGCAAAUUCCUCAGUAAAUUCACCAAAACGUCACAGUGGAGUUAUUGAGUUUGUUUAGCUGAUUGGAGAGCUAGCGAUUCCGUGACCAUGACUUAUGUUUUGUUUGAUCAGCCGUUUUACUGCCCUGUGACAGACACCAUUUGUAAACAAUGAAGGGAUGUAAAUAAACAUUUACAGAAUAUUUCCAUGUAAAUAAAUCAUUUCACAACAUAUAUAUUUAUCUGCGACUUAUAGCCCAGUGCGACUUAUAUAUUAAAAACAUGUUUUUCCGACAGCGAAUAAUCAGGGGCGGCACGACCCGGGCCUUCAGGAACUACGUAGACAGUGUCUUUGUUUAAGUGUACUAUUUGCGACACAGCCCCAGCGUCUUGUAACAAGGCAUUUUCACCACAGACGUAAGUAAAAUAAACGGAAUUUGUCACGAGCAGUUCAAGUUUUGAAGUUUUUCUUACUGUUAAAAGGGAAGUGCACUUUUUUUGAGAAUUUUGCCUAUCACUCACAAUACUCAUGUAAGACAAUAACACAUGUUUUAGUUUUGUUAUGCAUACUAAAUUGUCAAUAAAUGCGCGCAAAAGUCAGCUAGCAAUGGAGCUAAUGCGCUAUAAAGCGCUCUAAAAACAUCCAUCAAUGUUUUAUUUACACACUGUAAGUAUAUAUGUAAUGUAGUAACAUUCAUAACAGCAUGUCAUAUAUACAUGAUGUAAGUAUAUAUUUAGUAUCUAGUAACAUUCAUAAUAACAUGUAAUAUGUAAAUGAUGUAAGUAUAUAUGUCAUGUAGGAUUUGCUCUGAAGGGACAAGACUUCCGGGGGGUUUUCAGAUCAACUUAGGCGAUGCGAAUUGAAUGUGUUGUCCCUUAGGUUGGUCCCUCCAAAGCUUUGGAAUACAUUGCAAAAUACCUAUUCUGUUCUAGGUUUCGUUUAAAAUCAGCUUAUGUGUCAUCAAAAGAACUUGGGGUUGACCAGCAACUUAAAUUCCCUCGGAGGAACAUCUGGUCCAAACGCAACAGAAUAUAUGUAGUAUCUAGUAACAUUCAUAAUAACAUGUAAUAUAUACAUGAUAUAAGUAUAUAUGUCAUGUAGGAUUUGCUCUGAAGGGACAAGACUUCCGGGAUGUUUUCAGAUCAACUUAGGCGAUGCGAAUUGAAUGUGUUGUUCUUUAGGUUGGUCUCUCCAAAGCUUUGGAAUACAUUGCAAAAUACAUAUUCUGUUCUGGGUUUCGUUUAAAAUCAGCUUAUGUGUCAUCAAAAGAACUUGGGGUUGACCAGCAACUUAAAUUCCCUCGGAGGAACAUCUGGUCCAAACGCAACUGAAUAUAUGUAGCAUCUAGUGACAUUCAUAAUAACAUGUACUAUAUACAUGAUGUAAGUAUAUAUGUAAUGUAGGAUUUUCUCUGAAGGGACAAGACUUCCGGGGUGUUUUCACAUCAACUUAGGCGAUGCGAAUUGAAUGUGUUGUUCUUUAGGUUGGUCUCUCCAAAGCUUUGGAAUACAUUGCAAAAUACCUAUUCUGUUCUGAGUUUCGUUUAAAAUCAGCUCAUGUGUCAUCAAAAGAACUUGGGGUUGACCAGCAACUUAAAUUCCCUCGGAGGAACAUCUGGUCCAAACGCAACAGAAUAUAUGUAGUAUCUAGUAACAUUCAUAAUGACAUGUAAUAUAUACAUGAUUUUAGUAUAUAUGUAAUGUAGUAACAUUAAUCACAGGAUGUAAUAUAUACAUGAUGUAAGUAUAUAUGUAUUAUCUAGUAACAUUCAUAAUAACAUGUGAUGUAUACAUGAUGUAAGUAAAUAUGUAGUAUCUAGUAACAUUCAUAAUAACAUGUGAUGUAUACAUGAUGUAAGUAUAUAUGUAGUAUCUAGUAACAUUCAUAAUAACAUGUAAUAUAUAAAUGAUGUAUUUAUGUCAUGUAGCAUUCAUAAUAACAUGUAAUAUAUAUAUGAUGUAAGUAUAUAUGUAUUAUCUAGUAACAUUCAUAAUAACAUGUACUAUUUAGUUGUUUUGAUCAUUUUAAGCAUACGGCGGCGUAUUAUUUUCACAAACCCAUCCCAAGACUACUAAUCAUGGCAGACUUGAUGAGCGACAACAAAGACUACUUUGGGACAAACAAUGAUCCAGGAUCUUUUAUUUUUGAACCUGAAUACAAGGAGGACGUGAGACACUAACCAUUAUGCUAAGUGCUAAACAAGGUGUACAAACAUACUAAAACAAUACAUAACUGUACAAUGUCUGCUCUGACCGGGAUGUUUAUAUCUUCCGGUCCUUACACAGUUUAAAAAAUAAAUAAAUAAAUAAAAAGUGAUUCAAACAAGUAAUUUUUCGUGUAGUUUUCGCCAUCAGCGGGGGUCUAAGUUGGAUGUCAAAGUAGACCAACUUGUGGAUGUACGUCCACAACCUUGUACUAUCCAGGUGAGAGGCAUGAUUUAUCACCUAGGGUUAACUUUCACCAACUCAGAUGCGACGCAGCAGCUCAAUACGUCAAUAUAGGAACCCGCGCUAGUUAGCUUCAACUGUGUUAGCGCUUAUAGUGUAAAUAGAGUAUUGUUGGCGGUUUUUGGAUGGUUUUUAGAGGGCUCUAGAAAACUACCAUUAGCUGCAUUGUUAGCCACCUCCUACUUGCUGUAUUUUACGAUUUAGAAUGCAUAAAAAAAAUAAAAAUAAAUAAACAUAUUGAUUGUGAAUGAUUGACAAAAUACAAAAGUGCAAUUCCCAUUAAACUAAAUAUGUUUUUGGGUGGGUUUUUAUUACAAGGUGAAGUGAGCAUCUUGCAGGAAGCUGUCAAUCACAUUUUUGCAUGAUCCACGUUUGACACGUUGAAACUUCAGCGGGAACAUUUCACAUUAAAACUGCAAUCUGAAAAGGCCUAAAAAGUACUUUACCCAACAGUCACGUCUUCCAGAUGUUCGUACAAGAAGCGAUCCGAUCAAAGUCAACAACACCCGCCAUUUUUCAUUAUUAUUUUCCGGUGUAAUUUUUAUGACUGAAAUGGUGUGAAAGGCUCUUUAAAGAUUAUUCAAGCAGCGCAGAUGUUCAAACAGCAUUUCCGUGGUGUAAUAAAUGUCAUCCAGCAAUUCCAGAAGGACUUAAGUCUUCCUGCUGAAGAAGAAAUACGAACGCGAAUCUUCCGAAGCUUUUAUUUAAGCUACAAUCAUGUCCACAUCGUACGUCACCUGUGCAAAAUGGUGUCCGACAUUAAGUCUGGAGUACAAACAUCUCUCAUCCAUUCAUCCUCUGCUAAGAAUAAAAACAUGAAGAAAAAAAACUA